AUGAAGUACCCGGGCGUGGAGCUGAUUUUCGACCACGUGGGGCACUUCGGCAGGUUUCAGGUAUUCAUCUAUUUUAUAUGUGCCUUCCAGAACAUGUCUUGUGGUAUCCAUUACAUGGGUUCCAUGAUUUUGAUAGUUGCUCCCGAGCAUGCCUGCAAGCCCCCAGGCAAUGUGAGUAAGUUUGUUGUCCACAAUACCUCUGUCACGAAGCUGGAGGAUGUGUGGGCCUUGAUGUCCCCAGACCAUAAAGAGCAUAUCACAGCGGAGCUGCAGAACGGUGAGGUCUGGGACCUCUCCCGGUGCGGUAGAGUGCGCAGGGACAGCCCAUUACAUGCAGCAAACAGCAGCAGUGAGCCUCACUUUCCUUGCUCGGACGGCUACAUAUAUGACCAAAGGCAAUGGAAAAGCACCGUGGUGACCAAAUGGAAUCUGAUCUGUGACCAGAAAUUGUUCGCAAAACUGAUGCAGCCCAUUUUUAUGUUUGGAGUCCUGCUUGGGGCGAUCAUCUUUGGCUACUUUUCUGACAAGAAGGGAAGACAAGUGGUGUUGUGGUUCACAAGCACCGGCAUCUUUCUGUUUGGAAUCCUGUCCACAUUUACCUUUGACUACUACAUCUUCAUGAUUGCACGCUUUUUUCUUGCCAUGGCUACAAGUGGCUAUCUCGUGGUGGGGUUUGUCUACGUGACGGAAUUCGUUGGCAGAAAAUCUCGGACGUGGACAUCCAUGAACAUGAACAGCUUUUUUGUGUUUGGCCUGAUCGUGGUGGCUUUGACAGGCUACUUUGUCAAGACCUGGUGGCUUUAUCAAGUUGUCCUCUCUUCAAUGACUUUUCCCUUUAUUCUGUACUGCUGGAUGCUCCCAGAGUCACCUUUCUGGCUCAUCUCCGAGGGGAGGUACAAAGAAGCACAGCAGCUCGUUGACGUGAUGGCCAACUGGAAUGGCACCAGCCGCUGUGACCUGUGUGAAGUUCUGUCACUGGAUCUGAGUGCUCCCGUUGGUAGUAAAUCCUCUGCCACUAGGAAGCCCAACAUAUUAGAUCUGUUCUACAGCUGGAACGUUACGUCAGGAACACUGACGAUUUGGCUUGUUUGGUUCACAGUGAGUUUUGGAUUCUAUUCUUUGUCCAUGAAGCCUAUUCACUCAGGAGACAGUGUCUACAUCAACCUCUUCCUUGUGGCCGUGCUGGAAAUUCCUGGCUACAUCUUCACAAGUGUCCUGAUCAACAAGGUUGGGAGAAGAAUUGGUCAGGCCUUCUGCCUCUUCUGCAUUGCUCUGUUCUGCACCAUCAUCAUCGCCAUCCCCCAGAGAUACUACUUUGGGGUGAUUGCAGCAACUAUAUUUGCAAGAUUUUUCAUAGGAUCAACGUUUGGCCUUGUUUACCUUUAUACUGCUGAGCUGUAUCCAACCGUCGUAAGGUCACUGGCCAUGGGCACCAGCAACAUGGUGUGCCGCGUGGGGAGCAUCUUGGCCCCGGUUGCCCUGUACCUCAGCAGCACCUGGAUCUUCGUGCCCCAGCUGAGCCUGGGGAUUCUCUCCUUCCUGGGUGGAGUGUUCUCGCUGACCCUGCGGGAAACCAACGGGAAGCCGCUGGCGACGACUUGGGAGGAGAUGGCGCUUCUGGAGUCAGAACACCAAAGCAGUUCCAGCAAAGCCGCUGCCACCGCCAAUGAGCCGGGCAUGGAAAACACGGAAGUGGUUAAGCUCGAGGAUUCUGGCCUGGGCGAAUGAGUGUGGGGCCAGCGCCCGCACCUGCACCCUGUUCAUCAAUGCCCAUGUGAGAGGAGAGUUAUUCCCAUCCCCACCUGCUGAGUAGGAGUAUGUUUCACACGUUUUGUAAGAAAGUUUUAACAGUUGUUUUGUAAAAGUAGAA